AUGUUCAAAUUCGUAGUACUUGCUGCCUUGGUAGCCGUUGCUGCUGCCAAACCAGGACUUUUAGCUCCAAGCCUCCUUAGCGCUCCUGCAGCUGGACCAAUUAUUCCUCAAUCUAUCAGCUUAACUAGAGCUUCCGUUUUGCCAAGUGCUCCUGUGUUGGCUUCUGCUCCACUCGUCGCUUCUUCUGGACUCAUUGCUUCUCCCGGACUUGUUGCUUCUGCUCCACUUGUAAAUGCUGCCCCAAUCGUGAGAUCUGCCUCCCUCAUCGCUGGUGCUCCUUUGAUUUCUGCUGCUCCAGCUGUUCACUCGGCUCCUCUUGUUCAAGCUUGGUAA